CCGGGAGAAGCAGAAGCUGCUGAAGGAUCUGGGGGCGCCCCCCCGCGGCCCCUCCUCCCCCCCCGUCCCCGACGCCCUUCAGGAGGCCAGCGUCAGAGCGGCUGCAGAGCGGAGACUCGGAGAGGCCGAGCAGAGACUCAGCAGACACAGGGAGCUGCAGCAGAGGGACGAGGCUGUGCUGAGGCACCUCCUGCAGCAGGAGCAGAAGAAGAGGGAGUCUCUGAAGGCAGCGGAGGGGAAGGUGCUGAGAGUCAGAGAGCAGCUGCAGGCCGCAGAGAAGGUGGUGACGGCCAAUAGGACGCUGCUGAAGAAGCUGCAGGAGCAGGUGCAGCGGGUGGAGCAGCGCGUCUCUCUGAAGCAGACUGUGUGUGAGCGGCUGCAGCUGCAGCUGUCUGCGGCGCAGCAGGCUGCAGGGGGCGGAGCUAAACGCAGAGCAGACACCAUCCACAGCCAGCCGAUGAAGCAGCGGCGGUUGGACCCUGCUCUCCGCACCGCGGGGGGUCACUUUGCAGAGCUGCUGGCUCAGAAGCAGCGCCUCCAGCUGCUGGAGCGCGAGUACGCUCUGAAGAUCCAGCAGCUGAAGGACCGGCAGGCGCUCAGAUCUAACCCCCCCGUCUCAGAGCUGCCCCCCGUCUCAAAUCUGACCCUCCCAACUCCCUCCCCCUCCACCCUCCCCCUUUCACAACCCUCCCUACAUGACCUCACCCAGGAUAAACUGAUUCUGGACAGCGAGGAGGAGGCGGAGGACCCCCAAGUCUCUGUUUCUUUAGGGGAGGGGGGCCCCGUCUCUGCUUCUGUGAGGGAGGGGGGUCGCCGCCCGUCCCUCUGUCGGUCCAGCAGCUCCUUCACCAGACCCCACCUGGAGCAGCAAGGCUCCCCCAAAGACAACAACAAGCCCCUCCCCCUUGUACCCCCCCCCAGGACAGAGGUGUUGGGUGGGCUUCCCCUGGAGGCUCUUCAGCAGGGGGGGGGGCCGGGGGGCCUCGGGGAGCUGCUGCAGAGAGAGAUGCUCCUCCUGGGGGGAGGCGUCCACUCCCCCUCCCCCACUGCACAGGUGGUUUCCGUGGAGAUUGAUGCAGCCACCAGCCAAUCAGGGAGCGGGGAUCUGAAGCCUGUCCCCUACACAGCCUAUCACAGCCCUCUGCUGGUCUUCAGGUCCUACAGGUUCAGCCCUUACUUCCGGACGAAGGAGAAGCUUCCUCUGAGCUCCGUGACCUACAGCAACUGCAUGGACCCGAGGAGGAACUUCUGCCGCUUCGAGCUGAGCGGGACCUGCAACGAUGACCUCUGCAGAUGGCAGCACAUGAGGGACUGCACACUGACAGGAAACCAGCUGCUGCAGGACUUCCUGUCCUACAACCUCUCUCUGAUUGGCUGCUCAGAGACCAGCUCAGACAAGGACAUCAGUGCAUGCACAGAGAGGUACAUGCAGCAGCUGUUUGGUUCUAACUCGGUCCGGAUGUCUUUGGAUCAGAAGGCGGUGCUGCUCGUCAGCAAAGUGAACGAGAGCCGGCGCCACGUGCCCCCCUUCACCACCUGUAAGGACCCCAGGAGCUGGAGGCCCUCGGCUCAGAGCAGCGCCCCCCCCCAGGAGGACAGUGAGGACGAGAGUGCAGGGGGGGAGACCCCGGAGGGGGGGGAGGCACGGUACCCCGGCGGUGUGUCUCUGGACGUGUGUGUCUCCUCGGAGGACAAGCGUUACUUCCUCAGUGAGACGGACGACCUCUCCAACCUGGAGCUGAGCGUCCUGCAGAGCCCCAGAGACACCCAGCUGUGGAUCAAACUGGCCUUCAAGUACCUGCAGCAGAGCGAGGCGUGUGCAGCGGAGGGUCUGGAGGCCGCCCUCAACACGCUGUCCCGGGCCCUGGAGAGUAACUGCGGGGACCCCGAGGUGUGGAGCCACUACCUGAGCCUGUUCUCCAGGAGGGGCAGCAGGGACGAGCUGCAGCAGAUGUGUGAGAUGGCCGUGGAGCACGCGCCGCACUACAGGGUGUGGUGGGAGUACCUGCAGCUGGAGGGGUCGUUUGAGGGGAAAGACUUUGUGUGUGAGCGCCUCCUUCAGUUCCUGCUGAUGGAGGCGCCCCCCUCCUCAUCCCAGCUGAUGGAGGCGCCCCCCUCCUCCUCCCAGCUGAUGGAGGCGCCCCCCUCCUCAUCCCAGCUGAUGGAGGCGCCCCCCUCCUCAUCCCAGCUGAUGGAGGCGCCCCCCUGCUCCUCCCAGCUGAUGGAGGCGCCCCCCUCCUCUGACAGAGGCUCCUCCCCCUCAUCUGACAGAGAAUCCUCCCAGCUGAUGGAGGCGCCCCCCUCCUCUGACAGAGGCUCCUCCCCCUCAUCUGACAGAGAAUCCUCCCAGCUGAUGGAGGCGCCCCCCUCCUCUGACAGAGGCUCCUCCCCCUCAUCUGACAGAGACUCCUCCCAGCUGAUGGAGGCGCCCCCCUCCUAUGACAGAGGCUCCUCCCCCUCUUCUGACAGAGACUCCUCCCAGCUGAUGGAGGCGCCCCCCUCCUCUGACAGAGGCUCCUCCCCCUCCUCUGACAGAGGCUCCUUCCAGCUGAUGGAGGCGUUGCUGUAUCGGGUGCAGCUGCAUCUGUUCAGCGGGCGGGGGGGAAGCGCGCUGGCUCUGCUGCAGGGCGCUCUGAAGGCCCCUCAGCUCCGCAGCCUGUUGGACCACCUCUCCCCCUCGCACCGCGCUCUGCUCUGGCUCUGCUUCGUCCACCUGACGGAGUUCAGCCGGCUGCCGAGCCUCUUCUUGCCCGCUGAGUCCGGGCCGGGGCGGCUGGUCAGCACCGAGAGCUUCCUGAUGCCCUGGAGGACGCCUCGGGACAUCAGGACGCCCACACACACCCUGAUCCAGCUGUUCCAGGACGGCGUGCUGCAGUGCUGUGACGAGCGUCUGUCCGUCAGCGAGAGGACGCUCGCCUGCCUUCCUCUGCACAACAACCUCCUGUUCCUCUACCGCCUCCUGGAGAGGUAUGAUGAGGGCGUGGCCCUGUGUGAGUCGCUGCUGCAGGUGUGUCCUGACUCCGCCCCUCUGAGAGUCUCUCUGUCCGAGCUGCUGCUGCUGAGGGGCGACACCGAGGGGGGGGUCAACACCUGGCUGACCGCUCUGACAGAGAGCCCCCACAAUGCCGAGCUGCUGUACCGCUGCUGCUGCUUCCUCAGAGCACAGGAGAGGUGCAGCGCCAUCGCUCCGCUGGUCCGAUGCUUCAUGCUGUCGCUGUGUGAGGAGCAGCAGAGCGUCAGGGAGCCCGUGGACGUCCUGCGACAGCUGCUGGGUUUCCCCAGCGAGGAGCUGCAGAGAGCUCCGAUCAUCACAGACCUGCAGGAGCCGCUCCGCCAGCAGAGAGCCUACCUGCACCUCAUACACUGCUGCUGGCAGCGGCUGCACGGAUCAGUGGACGACACUGUGGACGCCUACGAGAGAGCGCUGGGGUCCGUCCUGCAGCGAGACCAGCUGCACACUCUGUGGAUGGAGUACCUGGAGUUCAGCUCUGUGUCCCUCAGUCGGUCCAAACGGUUCUCAAAUCUGAUCCAUCGCUGCCUCAGCACCGUCCCGUCCCGCCUGUGUGUCCCCUUCAACCCCGCUGAGUUCUGGAGCUGCUACACCUUCCACAACAAGGUGGUAACGCUCUACCUGCGCUGUCUGCCGAAAUCCCAGCAUGCUCUUGUUCUGGAGAGACUAAGAUACGCCAUGCCCAACAACACUGAACUGGGUCUGAGGUUGCUGCAUCAGGAGUGGCAGGAUGGAAACAUGGAGCACCUGAAGUUCCAGGUCCGGAUGCUGAGCAGCCAUUCUCCCAAGUGCCUCGCCUACUGGAACAUAGCGCUAGCUGUGGAGAAGGAGCUGAAGCAAACUUCUGAGGUGCGACGUCUGUAUCAUCAAGCUCUGACCAACCUUCCUCUGUGUGCUGAGCUGUGGAAAGAUCGCCUCCUGGCUGCAGCAGCUGAUGGAGACGGACCCCCUCGGCUGCGGCGGCUGCUCUCCAGGGUUCAGCAGGUGGGAGUGAGUCUCGGUCUCAGUGAGCGUCUCACUUUAGUGACCGAAGAUCAGUGACAUUAAAGAUUAAUAAGCUGUAGAUGAGUGAGAGCAGACCGAGGUAAGACGGAGCCCCCCCCCACCCCCCACAGAGAGUCCACAUGUGUCUCAUCAUGGACGUAAGUAUAGACCUGCUGAGUGACCCGGUGAUGAAUUCAUGUUUCUGUUUCUGUCACUUUUCAUUUGGACCUCAUUCCCACCCUUUUUAUUUUUACCUGAGCCCCCCCCCCUCCCCCCCCCCCCCUCCAGUAGCAAUGCUGCAUCUGCACGUUGUCUUUUCUUUGUCUCCUGAGGAAACACAAGACUUUUAUUUUGAUAAAGAUCAAUAUGAAUAUUUUGAGAGAGACUGACCGGCUGCAGGACUCGCGGCUCUGCUGGAUUGUUUUUUUCCUUUUUCUCAAAGUUCUCUCAUGACAUGAUUAAAGAGUAUCCCAGCGGAGAGGAGAGGAGUCCUUCCACUGUUGUUUUUUAUAUGUUGGAUUUAAAUGUUAUUAAAUUAUUUUCUAAAUAUAA